AUGAAAGAUCCUGAAGAUGGGGAUAAUGUAGAAAAAUACAGUGAUAACAACGACGAAUUGUCGGACGGAAAAGAACGAUGGUCUUGCCCAGCCUGUUGUAGACAGAGACGAGUUACCCGAAGCGGAUCCACCUCUUCCACAUGCGGUGCUCGUUCAGAAACCACUGCUCCUUUACAACCAGAUCAGUCUACCCCUACCGACACUCUCACCCUUAUACUUAACCAAUUAUCAACUAUGGCCAGUGACAUAAAGGAUAUUAAGAACUCUCAAUCUCAACUCAGAACUGAUGUUGCUUAUUGUAGAAACUUGCUACAGCAACAUUCGGACUCGAUCUCUCGGCAUGAUAACUUAAUAGCGGCCUGCGAAACCAACAUACAAAAUAUCCAGUUUAUUGUCAAAAUUCAGAUUUUAUGUGCCACCAAGAAUGUUAAGACUUAA